AUGUUCAGGAAUACAUUCCAGAGUGGGUUUUUAUCUAUACUAUUCAGUGUUGGGACAAAACCUCCGCAGAUUUGGGACAAAAAAGUUCGUAACGGCCACAUCAAAAGAAUUACAGAUAAUGAAAUCCAGUCUUUGGUCUUAGAAUUAUUAGGAAGCAAUGUUUCGUAUGAUCAGUCUUGUAUCCUAGGAAAGCACUGGGCACUAAGUUACCUUUCCUAG